AUGAAAAUUGUAAACAUAAAACUUCAAAGUAUUCAACACCAUUUAAGUAGCGAAGAUUCACAAUUGUUAGCUGAAAAGACACAUGGAUUUAAUGGAGCUGAUUUACAAAAGUUAUGUCGUCAAGGUCAUUUUGAAAAUGCUUUAUCAGUAAUUAAAUCAAGUAGUAUGAGAGACGUUUUAUUAGAAAUACUAAAGGUAAAAUGGUCUCAUAUUGGCGAUCAGCAGGACUUAAAACAGAAAAUUGAACAUAUGAUUGUAUGGCCAAUUAAAGAUCUUAUCGCAUUUAAAACGAUGUCCAUAUCACCAACGAAAGGUAUAUUAAUGUAUGAAACGCCUGGCUGCUCCAAAACGGUGAUUGCUAAAGCAGUUGCUAUUGAGUCUGGAUUGAACUUUUUUGCUGGUCCAGAACUGUUUAGUAAAUGGGUUGGCGAAUUUGAACGUACUAUACGUGAAAUAUUUCGUCGUAGUCGUCUAGCUUCAGCCGUCAUUAUAUUUUUAGAUGAAAUCGACGCUAUUGCGAAUCAACCGUCAUCGAAUACUAAAACAAGUGAUGGUAAUUGUGUACUUGCUCAGCUUUUAAAUGGAAUGGAUGGUACUGAAAACGUUCAGGGUGUUGCAAUCAUAGCUGCUAGAAAUAGACCCGACUGCAUCGAUCUUGUUCGUAAUCUAUCCAUAAGGGCUUUAAUACGUCCCGGAUGA